GUCAUGGGAGCAUCACCUGCCACACGGAAUGAAGUGGUUGGAAGAGAAACCAACGUGACAGUCUCGCGAUUCUAAACGGUAUUUUCCCUCUCGGCGUUAAAAACGAGUGGCAGAGGCGACAUCUACUGGAGCGGUCCGCGCUGACCAUCACGGCAAGGUAAAGAACUUCAGAGGCCAGGAUGCGCAGUAGAUUUGGGCUGAGGGCAACUUGCACAAGGCGAGACUGGAAGUUUAAUCACGAACCCCGUUGCUGCUUGCGCGGUUUGUUACAGUUGGCAGAAUUGCACUAGGCAACGGAAAGUUAUUGUGUCGCGCAUAUCCUAACGUGCGCAGUUCGGCGUUUGCUUUUGACAGUUUGUCAAACAGCAGAGAAAAGCUACGAGCGCGGCGUCGGUUUUCCACUCCAAACAGUUGCCGCAUUGACGAUGCGCGCUCGUGCGAAGCAGUUUAGACACAGAGGCACCUCUUACAUCUCGGCGCGUGCGGGAGGAUCGUUGGGAUCUGUGCAUCUUUCAGAAGAGCAAGGUCCUCUCUGCUGCGAGCACGCUGUUGUCAUGUGUCCACUGCAUAAGCAGGAGACCCUGGAGCUCCUCUGUGAAACGUGCGACCUCAUGACCUGUAGCAUCUGUCACCUGUCUUCCCACAAGGACCAUCGGUUGGUUCAUGUUGGCCAAGCUUUACAGGAUCAGCGGUGGCUUCUGGAGAAUCUGAUGGCUCGAGUAGAGGAGAAGAGAACAGCUGUGGAGAACACGGCCAAGCAGAUCCAGGGCAGACUUCACGGUGUAAAGAUCACACAGAGGAAGGCUGAAAACCAGAUUAAAAUGGCCAAGAUGAUUAUGAUGAAUGAACUGAACAAACGGUCUAACCUAUUAAUAGAGCAGCUGGAGAGUGUGUCCAGCAGUUUUAAACAGCAUCUGGAGGACCAACUGCAGGGGGCGAUAGAGCUGUGCAGUCAGUUGGAGCAUGUGCAGAACUUCAUCACCUGGGCAGUGGCCCAUCACAGGAGGAACCCACUGCUGUUUAGCAAAGAUCUGAUUGCUCUUCAGAUGCAGCAGUUGCUGGAGCCGCUGCAGUAUUCGGAAACCUGGGCCCCUCUGAAAGUGAAGUUCAACUGGGACGCAGGCUUUUGGACCCAGCAGAUCUCCACGCUAGGUCAACUAAGCGUUGAGGGUGGGAGCUGUCCGUACUCCGAGGGGCCCAGCCGCAUCCUGAGGCCCCAGCCCCUGUCCUGCAGGGCCGUGUCUUCUCUCUGCCAUCCGGCCCGGGACGCUGACUGUGGCUAUCAGGCCUUCCGCCAGCCUCGGCUCUGCUGCCUCCACUGCAGGGCGGCCCAGUCUGUGCCGCUGGACAAAUACCCGCUGCAGUGCCCUCAGCAGGCCGACUGCAGCUCCCCUGCUGCCAUCCAGAGGUGCUGGGAACCAGAGGGCAGUGCCAUGCCCCCCCAGGCCAUGGUUCCCCCCCAGCGGUCCAGCGGGCCCGAGCAGGUGCGGCGGAGCCCCAGCAGAGCUGAGCUAAGACAGCAGGCCGCCCCCCCCCCUCAGCCCCGUCAGGAGCUCCUCCACCCAGCUCCUGACAGAGUCGCUGCCAAAAGCGCCAAGCAGCCAACCAGCAAAGAGCCCGCGCCAGCUAUGGAGAAUGAGACUCUUCAGCAACGACAGCAGCAGCUGGACGAGCCUCCAGGGCAGUGCAGUGUGGGGUCCAGCGCGGGGUCCAGCCCACUGCCAGCACCCGAGCUUUCGUUUCACACAGCCUGGCAAGACGGCGAUGUGACGUCCCCGUGCUCCGACAUGCACGCGCCAGUCAGAGCUGACGUCCGGAGCCCAACCUGCCCAGAGGAGAGGCCCACAGCCCACGGCAGGCUGAAGCCAGCGAGGCGAACGCGGACCAGCCUGUGUGACGGCAGGCCUGCUGGGGCAGGAGAUCAGCAGCAUACACCACCGCAGGACUGCGUGAGACCCAGGGCUGGACGCCCGGUUGUUCCGGUCCAUACACAGACUCACCCCCCAGCUACCCUGACCACCUACAAGACUGAGCCAGAUAAUGUGUACGGAUAUACUGAUAAUACAGGCUGUAAGUCUGGCACCAAAUCCAGGAGAUUAAGGGAAGCUCAGGACACCAGAAGUAGCAGAGAAGUGAAUGAGGCUUCCAAGGUUCCAGUUGUGUGUCUGGAACGGCUGAGCAUCCCAGUAUCCAAGCAGCCAACACAAGGAGUCCAGAGCGAUGAUCUUUCUUCUGACUCUGGGUUAAAGGCUGAAGGCACUGUUUCCCUGUCAAUGGACAGAGAACUUCCCCCUGAGGGAGUAGGAAGUGAGGAGGUGGAAGAGAGUCUGCACCUGCAGCUCCAGGUCCCUGCCGAUGCUCCUCAGGGACCAGCGGAGGGGCAGGGUAGCUCCGGCAGGGAGGGGCUGUCUGCACUUGAUACCCCGCCAGCCCCGGCCAGUGAAGCUUCUCCACACACUGAUUCCGAAAGAGAGCCUGCUUCCCAUUGUGGUCCAUCUGGGCCCGUGUCCGACUCCCUGCUGGAAUCUGCUACAGAGGCUGACCUUGCCUCCGAACUGGAAGUGGAAUCGGAACUCCAAACAGAAUCUGAGCCAAGCCUCGAAUCCGAACCGCGAAUCAACUCGGACACUGAGCUGGAGUCGGAGCAGCUACCUGAGUCAGAGCUCCUGGCUGAAUCGGAGCGGGAUCUGGCCUCGGAUCUGGACUCUGCGGCAGAAGUCUCCCUGAACCUCGAACUGCCUGAGGUGAGGGCGGGGCCUAGCGUAGCAGCCCCGCCCCUGGAGGAGGAGCCCGCGGAGAUGGAGAAUGAGGACUUCUGUGCCGUCUGUCUCAUCGGCGGGGACCUGCUGUGCUGUGACCGCUGUCCCAAGGUCUUCCACCUGGCCUGCCAUGUGCCUUCUCUCCUCAGCUUCCCCACCGGUGACUGGGUGUGCACUCUGUGCAGGGAUGCGGAGUGGCCAGAGGUGGAAUACGACAGCGAGGACGCUCGUCUGCCCACAGACACGGCGCCAUCUGGACUGUCUGCGUGUGACCAGAGGAAGUGUGAGAAACUCACCCUGCUCAUCUAUAGCAACAUUCUCAGCGCACCAUUCCACGAGCCUGUCAGCCCACUGGCCCGUCAUUAUUACCAGAUCAUCAGGAGGCCCAUGGACUUGUCUGUUAUUCGCAGCAAGCUGCACAGAGGCAGCUCGUCACACUACAGUUCCCCCAGCGAGUUUGCGGCUGACGUCCUGCUCAUGUUUAAGAACUGCGCCAAGUUUAACUACCCAGACUCAGAGGUGGCCCAAGCAGGUCGCAGCCUGCACGCCUUCUUCAGCACCAAGCUGGGGGAGGUGUUGCCGGAGCUGAGCUGCCUCACCCCCCAGGACGACUCGGACAGCGAGGAGAACGAGGAGGCGGAGCAGGCGGCUGUGGCCGGCUUCCCCUGGCCCGAGCGCAGAGAGCAGAGCCACAGGAAGAGGAAGAGGAGGCACUCCCUCAGCUGGCGAAGGCACCACUACUAGACCUGCCGCACGUGGCUGGCGAGGGCAUUUUAGUUAAAUUCCGUACGAGCUCCAGCGCUUCCGGAUAACACCGGCGGUGGAAGGGAUUUUUUAAGAUCUUCUUUCCUCUAAUUUUUGUAAACAAAUGAAUCAUGUAUGUUAUGCUAUUACAUAUGACAUAAAUGAAGGUUGGUUUUGGAAUAUAAGUCCAAAUCUUAAUCCUUAUGCUACUUUAUUGCUAUGCUGUUCUGCACUAGUGUGUACUUUGUCAGUGCAUAUAAAGCUUUUAUUUGGAAACAAUUGUGUUUUUGAUAAAUGACUGGUUGCUGGCGACUGCUGCUUAGUUGAUAUAGAUGAGCAAUGUUGAUUGGUAAUAUUAUCAUAUAUAUUUAUUAUAGAGAAUGUGAUAUUGUAUGUUUUUGUAUGUGUUAUAUGCCACAUUUGUGAUGAGGUAUUAUUACAAUGGCUCUUUUUUAACUGUAGUAAUUCGACAGACCUGUAGAGGGAGCCCUUUAUAUUGCCUUAAGCUCAAAAUCAGUUCACAGCGGACAUAAGAUGUUAAUUUAUCUAACUUUGUCUAUUUAUCAAGCAAAGUAUUACUUCUUUUCCAGAGAGAAGGGGAUUCUAAUUGGAUGUUGCUAGGUUACUCUCAAUUUUUAAAUAUGGAUGUGUUAGAUGUUAAUUUAGUAAUGAUUCUAAAUUGUUCAAGUAAUCAAUUAUUUCUCAGGCGGGACAGAAUGAGCUGGUGACCUAGUCUCGCAAGUCCCUCCAUGUGAUUUAUAUACGGUGCAUGUAAGCAGAGAUGUGGGCAAGUCUAAGGUUGGAAUUCUGCUGGUACCUUCCGAAGCUGCAGAAUCUCUUUUUUUUUCGUUCUCUUGUCAGCUAAAUUUCUGGAAUACAUUCAAGAUGCAAAAAUAUAUGCAGUUUAGAUCAUUGUGCUUCCACCACAUUACUAGCCCUUCCUGAUGAUUCAUUUUGGUGGUCCAUAAACAUGAAAAACAGCACCUUAAUUUAGAUGGCUUUUUCUUUAAUAAUUUAAUAAUUUUCUGACACUGGCUGACCUCAAAGAGUGUUUCCUGUUUUGUUUCCGACGAGGUUCCUUUUUGUUUUGUUUCUGAUGUCUGUUCUGUAUAAAUUGUACAAACAGCUUGUGGUAAAUCCUGGCUGCUAACUGUAACUUGACAAUUUGCCGAAUAAUUUCUAAACGUGUCUGAGAUCUGGCUUCAUUUCUGGCAUGUUAGCAAAGAGUCCAGACAGACCCAGAUUAAUUUAACGUCACGUAAAUAUCCUCACUGCUGAUGGACGAUUUUAUAAAUCAUAUGUGGAAAUGAUCUGAUCUCACCACCUGUUUGACAUCCUUGUCUCAUAAAUAUAUCAGGCACUGAAAAUGUGAAA